UGGGCAAGAGAGAAAUUCAGCGUUUUACUCAUGAAUUAGGAUUUUCUCUGCAGGAAUAACAAGAAGUUCGAAGACACUGGAGUCGAAAUGACGUGAAGUCCUUUGUAUAGUUUCCAUUUAUCAGAUAUCAUCAAGGAGGGUCGGGCAGUAUGGCGGAGGGGGAGGAGGCCAUGAGCCAGGAGGACUGGAAGGAGAAGUGUAUGGUCCUGGAGGCGCUGCUCAUGAAGUUCAGAGUGCAGAUAAUCAAGAUUCGGGAACUCACUGCUGACAAGAUUCAACAGUUGGAGACGCAGGUGAUCGAUGCAGAAAAACGCGCUUUUACUGCUCACCAGCAGGUGCAGUGGAUGGAGGAGAAGCUGAAAGCUCCAGACAGUCAGUCCGGAGACUCAGAGGUGCGUUUGUUUCAGAGGUGCCAGGAGCUGCAGGCCCUAGUGCAGGAGAAGGAGGACGUUAUCGCCCAGCUGGAGCAGCAGCUGGAGGAGCAGAAACAGAGCCGACUCCAAGACGCCAAAACAGUGGAGGAGAAAGCAGCUAAGAUCAAGGAAUGGGUGAUGCUGAAGCUGUCAGAGUUUGAGGUGGAGAACGCAGCAUUAAGAGAAACCAACAAGCAACAGGAGGCUCAGAUUGUGGAGCUGCAGAAACAAGUGCAGGCCUUUGAGCAGAAGUGUGGUGGUGGUGGGCGAGGAGUCCUGUGUAGACCAGGAGAGGCCCAGCGUCUCAGCAGCCUGACGUUUGGCUGUUUCCAGGUGAGGGGGAAGAGCCCUCAGGUCCUUACUGGACCAGCACCCUGCCAGAGGACCCUCAGCACCCAGGGAGAGACUGAGGAAAGAGACAAAACUGAGAAGAAUAGUAAGCAGACAGCCUCCUCAGGAACAAACGGUGAAGUACAGAGACCGGAGCAGACCGGCCCACUGGGUCCUCCUCUGGAGGAUGACAGGGCAUCUGAAGGCCUUGGUGAGACUGCGUGUGGAUCUCGUGGUGUCUCCUCUUUGCUCUCCAGCGCUGCAUCAGAGGGUGAGGGAGCAGUAGGGUGUGAGGGCAGAGGAGGAGUUGGAGUGUGUGGUCUGGAGUUCAGUCGCCCCGGCAGUGAGACCUACCUGACUGCUUCAGAUGACAGCAGCUCUCUGUUUGAUGAUGACAUGCAGCGUGCUGAUCGGCCUGGCUUCAGCCUGUUAGGGUCAACAGAUGGGACACUGGGAGGGUGUAAGGAGGGAGAGGAGGAAGCACAUGGGGCCAAAGUGGAGGACUGCCCCUCCGAGGAGCUAAACAAACGUUUCCAAUCCCAGAGAAUAGACUCCUCAUCCUCCUCUAGCGAAACUAACACCCCCAGCCCCAUCCUCACACCAGCCCUCACCCCGAAACGACCCAACCCACCCCAGGACCCAAGGGACAACCCCGCCUCGCCAAAACAGCCUCGGCUGCGGACUCCAGCAGGGUUCGGGUUGAUGAAUGUGUCUCUGGCAAAGAAACACCUGAGCCAGCCACCAAUCAGCUCAGAGGCAACACACGGACAAACACGCAACGCUCUCAGCAUGCUGCGCCCCCUCCGGCCACAGGAAACCGACCUCGACCAGGAGCAGGAGGUUGGCAUGGAGACGGGCAAGGAUGCACCGAAAGUUCCUCUUACCUUAAAGACCUCACCUGGUUCACCUGAACCUGGCACAGAGGCCAACUCAGAGGGGCCAGACUGUGACAGCUCAGCACCCCCCACACCCCCUCUACACAGGCUGCCCUCCUGGGAGAGUCGAAUCUAUGCUGUGGCUAAAUCAGGAAUUCGACUAUCUGAGACGUCCUGCACAGACUCUGCUAGCAAAGACCCUUCGCUCCAGUCCUCCUAUCCUGCCUUUGUCAUGUACACAUCCCUCAUCUAUAAAAACAUGACUACUCCAGUUUACACUACUCUGAAGGGGAAAGCCACCUUGCUGAGCAGCAGUCCAUUCUCAGAUGAAUCGUCCAGCUCCGAGGAUUCAUCCAGCUCAGGAGAGGAGGACGGCUCCGUCUGCAGCUCCCACACCUCCUCCAGCUCCCGCAAGGACAGCAGUCCAGGCAGCCCGCGCUCUCUCAAGAGAGCUGUGUCCAUGUCCUCAAUGACAUCAGAGAGCGACUACGCCAUCCCUCCUGAUGCCUACUCCACCGACACAGAGUGCUCUGAACCGGAGCAAAAACUGCCCAAGACCUGCUCUUCAACCAGUGACAACGGCAAAAGUGAGCCGAUGGAGAAAUCCGGCUACCUGUUGAAAAUGGUGAAGACCUGGAAGAAAACUUGGAAGAGACGGUGGUUUGUCCUCAAAGAUGGAGAGCUGCUCUACUACAACUCACCUAGUGAUGUGAUCAGGAAACCUCAGGGUCAGAUAGAGGUCAACGCCACCAGCAGCAUCGCCCGCGGAGAGGGAAAACAAGUCCUCCAGAUAGUGACAGGGAAGCGUGUGUACUACUUGAAGGCCGACUCCCCAAACCUGCUGGAGGAGUGGCUCAGGGUGCUGCAGAGCGUGCUCAGGGUGAAAGCUGCCAGUCCUCUCUUCACCCAGCCGGACAUUCGCCCUGGGAUGAAGGGACUACUCAUCAAGGUGAAGCACGGCUACUCUAAGCGGGUUUGGUGCGCUCUGAUCGGCAAAACCUUGUACUAUUUCCGCAGCCAGGAAGACAAGUUUCCCCUGGGUCAAAUUAAGCUGUGGGAGGCCCGGGUGGAGGAGGUAGAUAGGUCAAGGGAUUCAGAUGACGACUUGAAGGCAUGUGGGCGGGGCUUACAGGCAGCACCUUUCACCAUCGCCAUCCACCCGCAAGAACAAGGACCCACCUACCUGCUCAUCGAGUCCCGCCACGAAAAGGACUCGUGGCUGUACCAUCUGUCUGUGGCGGCAGGCACCACAGUGGGGAAAGUCGGUACUGAGUUUGAGCAACUGGUGGGAAAACUCUUCCAACUGGACGGAGAUCCAAACUCUCAGAUCUGGAGACACCCCAUGUUGUGUUUCAGUAAGGAAGCUCUGCAGUCUCCUCUCACCACCCUGCCUUCACAAGCUCUGCAGACAGAGGCUGUUAAACUCUUUAAGACUUGUCAGCUUUUCAUCAACGUUGCCAUUGAUGCUCCGGCCAUAGACUACCAUGUCUCGCUGGCCCAGAGUGCCUUGCAGGUGUGUCUGGCCCACCCAGAGCUUCAGAACGAGUUCUUCUGCCAGCUCAUUAAACAGACCCGCAGGAGGCAGCCGCACGGCCAUCCAGGACCCCUGCAGGGUUGGCAGUUUCUAGCCUUGUGUGUUGGACUGUUUCUGCCUCAGCAUCCAUUCCUGUGGCUGCUGCAGGUUCACCUCAAAAGACACGGGGACUCCAGGACUGAAGUGGGCAAGUAUGCCAUCUACUGCCAGCUCUAUGAGCGGACCCAGCAGAAGGGUGAGAGGCAGGCCAGGCCGUCCCGUAUGGAGAUCCUGUCCAUCCUGCUUAGGAAUCCCUACCACCACUCGCUGCCAUUCAGCGUCCCUGUUCACUUCCUCAAUAACACCUACCAGGUGGUGAGCUUCGAUGCUUCGACCACAGUCGACGAGUUCCAGUGUCGCCUCAACCAAGACACCGGCAUCAGGAAAACAGGGCUGUCUGGUUUCAGCUUGUACACUGAUGACCCCACUGGGCGAGAGCUGGAACAUUGUCUGCAAGGAGGCAUCAAGAUUUGUGACAUUAUUUCCAAGUGGGAGCAGGCCUCUAAGGAGCAGCACACUGGCAAGUCUGAAAACACCAGGAGCGUCCGUCUCACCUACAAGAGCAGGCUGUACUUCUCUCUCCAGGUCAGGGGGGAGUCAGAGAGAGAGAGGCUGCUGCUGGCUUAUCAGACAAAUGACGCCAUUGUAGCGGGACACUUCCCCGUCAACAAGGAACUGGCUCUGGAAAUGGCUGCCCUGCUGGCCCAGGUGGAAUUUGGGGACUUUGAACGUCCCUUCUCUGCUCCUGGAUCAGCCCAGACCAAGUCAAACCAAACCUUGAAACAAGUUCUGGACAGAUUUUACCCCAAACAUUACCGCAGGGCCUCGUCUGAGGAGCAGCUCAGGCAACUGCUGCAGCGUCUCUCUGCCCGCUGGGCCUCCCUCAGGGGUCGAAGUUCCCCAGAAUGCGUCAGGAUCUACCUGACUGUUGCCAGGAAGUGGCCUUUUUUUGGUGCCAAAUUAUUUGAAGCAGAGUCAAUCACUCCCUCUCCAGAGCAGGGUGCACGUGUCUGGCUGGCAGUGCAUGAAGACGGUAUCAGUGUUCUGGAGCACAACUCUGUCAAGCCACUGGUGUCCCACCCGUACAAGGCCCUGAUGACGUUUGGAGGCUGCAAACAGGACUUCAUGCUGGUUGUGGGGCAGAGUAUUGGUUCCAACGCCGGCAAAGACAAACCUACAGAGAAACAUUUGUUUGCUAUGGACGCCUCCAAGAUAAGGGAGAUCACCCUCCUCAUCUCCAGUUACGUCAACAGCGCUCACCAGCAGAAGGCCGCCGCCCACCACCUGUCUGCCCCGGCUCUGAUGGUGGCUCAGCCCAUCAGCCUGAAGAGCAAAGAGCUGAGGAGCAAAUCCCCGCCAGCACUGGGACGCCCCAGCAAGACCCCCACGCUGCUGUAAAAUCAACCCUGAUCUCUCAAAGAUCCUCCUUUUGCCUGAUUUACAUUUGAAAAUGAAGGAUUUAUGUACAGCUGACGUCAGUGUCACACAGCUCCUCUUUUGUAUCAGUGUAAUGCUGUCAAAUUGUCUCAGUGGGCCAGAUUAAUUGCUGGUAUGUGGAAUGGUCACUUCUCAGCCCACUGGAGGUGAAAAGUCACCUUUAACCAUGGGUUCUCUGCUCUCAUGUGUUCGGUAUAACUUGAUAUCACAAACCAUCAGAGGUUGCAGCUGUGAUCUCAUCAAACAGUAUUCCUGGAAGUCUGCGUCCUUCAAUUUUAAGCAGUAAUUCCACAAUGGUACCUUUCUCUCCUCUGAACUGAAACUGAAGCAGUGGACUCUAUGCAUAGGUACAAAGGUACAACUAAGAGGCUUUGCUCAACACUCUAUAAGGACAUUUUUGUCUCCCUGAUGAAUGUGUUGCUUUUAUGUGCUGAGAGAAAAGGUCAACACUAUUUAUUGACACACUAAGCUAGCGUUCUGAUGUCCUUUCAAUCUGCCCAUGCUGUGUGGUUCAUUUCAUUUUGUAAAGAUGCUCUUUGAAGUAAAUUCUUGUAUUCUCGUCUUAAAUAACAAUGCACAAUCAUACACAGUGUAGAAGAGCCAAUAACGCUUUGUUAAGGAAUAAUUAGGAGGGUAUUUUUGUAUCUUUUUUCCUCCUGUAGGGCACAGUAACUCUACCAGGAAUGAAGAUCCUUACAGUGUUAGAUAUUGUUGUAUAAUGAAGGAUACUGAACAAUAUGAUGAAAGCAGGAGGCAACACUGCAGUGGCAGAACACUGUUCAGAAAGUGCAGUGAAAAUCCUCAUGGUUUGUGCGUCCUCUUUGCAAUGCAAUAGAGUGAAGAAAGAAUCACUUUGGACCCUUUGUGCUCUUCGUUACUGAAUAGCCAGGCGAGUGGUGGAACUUUAAUCAUGUACAAAUACUUCAAGCCUUUGUGGUGGAGCGAAAUCACCAAGAUGCUUUUGCUCUUUUGUUCCACAUGACAUUAAUUAGAGAAGUUAAGGUUACUUUAGAGGAAGAUGGUUAAGAGGAUGUGACAAGUAGGGUACAGGUUGGUGGGAAUGCAUGUGGCAGCUGAAGGGAAGUACUGUGCUCUCUUUGCUGUUUGCUAACUGGCAUGAUGCAGAAUAUGAAGGUAUUUUAUAAAGAUGCAAUGGGAUCAGAUACGGUGACUCAUGUAAUGUAAAGAUAAGCUGGAAGGUAUGUAAGGUACUUCAAACAAGCCGAUUUCCCUCCCAGUAUUAUCUUAAAGGGACAGCUCACCCUCAAGUUUUGGAGCUAUUAGCCAUAGAGAUUUCUGCCUUCUCUUCAUUAUAAUUGGACUGGAUUGUGCCAAAAAGCACCGAAAAAGUACAUUUGAAAAACUCGACAGCAAUGUCUCUUUACAGAGAUCAUGACCCAGUUACUCAUGUAUGAACUAUUUUCUUUCUACUAUACACCCAACAAUCGUAUCACUGUGCAGAAGGAAGCAUGCAUAUACUGCUCGUUCACCUAGCCCUUCUGAGCUGGCUAACGUUACAACUCAGCCCAGAAACUGUUAAUGUUUACAUCUUACACUGUCACGAGCACAAGCCUCUUGUCCAUGAGUAGAUGCACGCUGCCUUCUGCGCAAUGAUACAAUCAGCAGGUGUAGUUCGGUAAAAAAGAAAAUAGUCUCUACUUAAAACUGCUCACAACUAAAGGCACCAAAAAGGUAAAUUCAAAGAAUCAUGACCUGGUUGCUCAAGAUAAUCCAAACAGCUUGUUGUGAGCAGUUUCAUGUAGGAAAUAUUCUGUGGGAGUAGUUUGGUUGAGAAAAAAUAGUUCCUACAUGAAACUGCUUACAACAAGGUCUGCGGUUCAUCUUGAGUAACUGAGUCAUAACUUCUGCAAAGACACAUCACAUUUUUCACAUGCAUUUUUUAGGACUUUAAGCACCACAAACUGAGUGCCAUCUAGUUCAAUUUCUAUGCAACUCACACUAAAACAAUCUAGAUUGAUAAUCAGCACUACAAAUAGAAGGUGAGUAUGUAUUUUUGAUUUUUGGUUGAACUGUACUUUUAAGCCUGUAUACAGUGAGUAUUGUCAGGUAUUAUAUUUAUUUGUCAUAUAAAAUAAUUAUCCUUGGAUUAAGUCUUAUAAUGCUUUAAUAAACUAAACUACAGCAAACAGUCUGCUGGUUUCACUGAGUAACAGCCCAUACACAAUGGGCAGCUGUCCAAUUCUAUAGAAACUGACACUGACACAGUUUUUCCCUACUUCCUGUAGCUACUCUCCCACUAAUAAGCCACCCAGCCUCCUCAUUGGUUCGAGCGUAACUGACGUGUUGAUACCUGCAGCCGGUGCCUGACAGCAAGUGACGCACCCUCAUUCCUGUA